AAUGUAGGGAUUUAAGGUAACGGCACAGCCAAAUGCUUCACUUCAAUAUCCUCUCUCGAAUAAUUUAAAGAGGGGAAAUCUUUCACAGAAGCUAGUUUCAAAGGGCUACCAAAGUUUACAAACGUUUUGAAAUAGUAAAUGCAGCUUGUUAUCAAUUGGUCUUUAAGCCAUCAGCAAUUUCUUAGAAAUCUGCUAAAAAGUUCUACUGUUUUUUAAGCCGAUUAAAUGUUGGUAAAUGUUGGUUGGUACACAAUUGAGUGCUAUUUUUUUAAACAUGUUAAAACCGUUGUACACAAAGAAUCCCUGUAAAGUAAGAAGUCUACAGUAAAUCCAUUAAGUCUACAGUAAGUCUGUUUAAGGGCAUCAUUUUUACGUCAACAUUUCCAUUUCCAAUCUUCAGUUAAUUGUAAUUAACAAGUCUUUACUCGGUGUUCUGGUAAUUUGCAUUAUUAGUUUUGAGUUUCUUUCGCAGUAGAGGGUUUAACCUUAUCAAAAACGCUAAAAUCCAAAAUAGUUCCCGUUUUCUUGUUUUUUUAACGAUUUCGAAAUGGUCUGAGCUUCGUAGCCAUAGUCUCUAAUUUUUUGGAAGGGAAGUGAAAGAUCCAUGUCUUUUAUUGCGUUUGGAAACGUAACUUGCUGAUAGUCUUGAGAGUAAAAGGGCAUAAAGGUGUCUUCAAAGGAAACCAUGCUUGCUGUAAAAUCCUCAUAUGUUUGGUAAAAGGUCAAAAAAGUGAAAAAUUGCUUAUAGAUACCUUUCACGGGAUAAUUUUUUCAGAAGCUUCUGAAUUUCUUUUACAACGAACCUCUGGAAGGGCUAAAUCUCUGGAAUCAUCCAUUGAAGAUUGAUGCAAAAGGAACACUCAUAAAGCUACAAAAUUCUGUAUUAAUGAAGAAGUCAGCAGUCUCUUUGUACGGAAUGGGGAUGUAAACGAAGGGGAUGGUUAUUAGAAAAUCUAAUGUACUAGUUUAUCGCCUUGAAAAUACCAGACAUCAAACGAAAGAUAACCAAUAUGGAGCAGAGAGAAACUAAAGAGGACCACUGUCAAGACUUAUGUUCUUUCAGAAGACAGUCAACCAGGAAAUAAUACCAUAUCAUGAGGAUGACGGUGGGUUUACCGCGAUUGGCCUUUAACUUAGAAAGAUUGCUUGUUAUUUUUCGUUGCAGCUUUGAUAUCUUUUGUCUAAACGGGUAGAUUUUCGACCUUUUAGAUUUGAGUCUCCUGCCAGAAAGAACCAAGGAAUGUGGAAAGGGUCCUAAUCUGUGUUGCCAUGACUAAAGGUCCCUAAAGCAAUUUCGUGGUUGCUGCUGUUAUCAUGUUUGUUCCAUGAGUACGAAACAAACAUGUUUCAUUAUAGUUAAUUUUAUUAGUAAGAAUAUUUGAUUGUAGAUGUAGGAGCAGCUAUGUAAUCAUGUUUUAGAAAUGUAUCGCUGACAUAUUUUAUCAGAUUUCUGGCUGCUUCAUAAGGGUUGUUCUGGGAAACCACACCGCAAGCUGCGAUUUAGAGGUUCAUAGGGAUACGAGGAGUUCCAAAUAAUCUGAUGCGCGCGACAAUACGAAGGUUAGGAUAGUGAUGGUGCCUGGUAUCGCCAAGAAUGUUGUUUAUAACAACACAACUGGUUGCUGUUCUACUUUUUAUCAGUAUUUAUGCAGCAGAUGAGGGAACAGCAAAAGUGGAACCACAUCCAAACAUAAAAACUGUAUGUCUUCAAUGUGAAAAAAGGAGAAAAGUUCUGGUUAUAAAUCCUGAGAGGAAGAUUCAAUAUGGACAGGAUGAAUUUAAUUCUUCAGCAGAAAAAUGCUAUUUUGAUUCAUUUAAGGCUAAAGAGAGGGAAAGAAAAGCCCCAGACAGUAGUAUUCUGCCUGCAUUGACCAUAAUUUUUGAUUGGGUGCGUAGAUUGUUUGCAAGCCAUUUUGUGGAGCUUCCAUCCAAACAAAACUGCAUCAAUUGUAGAAAGAAAAGUGUUUUGCUUAGAAAUGACUUUUAUUUAAAGCAAAGUGACUACAUCCUACAUAUUAGAGAAAAUAUAUUCUUAGUUUAUUCUUAUGCAAAAAGAUGCAAAAAUCCACAAUUUCAUAGAAAACCUAAAAGAACAUAUGGUAACCUGCUAAAUAACAGAAAACCAGAUGUAGGUCAACUUGUCAAAAUACUGAGGCACCCAGAAACAACCAAUCAUAGUUUUGAAAUUAAAAAGAAAUUGAAAAGUGAAAAACGAAUUGGAAAUGGACAGCUGUUUGAUUGCAUUUCCAGCAAGCAAGUUUCCAAGCAAAUGCUUUACUCUGUUUCAUAUUUCAAGCAUGCAAAAUUUGUUUGCAAACUACAAGAAUUUAAGAAUCAUCAAAUUGAAGACAUUGAGGGAAAGUCAAAUUGUUUUCAAGACAAAUCAAAAGGCCAUUGUGUCUUUUUUCAGCAUCUUUUCAUGAACAUGAAAUGUCCAAACAAAAACAUUUUUUCCCGAAAAAUAACCAGAAAGACAUCUAAGGCUCGAACCGAUGAUGACUUUGCACUGCAUAAAGUUCAAUCUAGGAAACCUCUUCAGGGUUUUAAGUGGUUUCAGAUACUUGAUAAUGGUAAAAACAGUUUUGUUUCACAGAGCAUCUUUGGAUUACAUUGCAGAAGCAAAAAGCAUUUGCCCAAAGGUGAACCUUGCAGAUCGACUAUAUUUUUCAAUAAACAAGUACAAAAAAGGAUGGAGUUUCCACAGUACUUUGAACGAUUUGAAAGCAACAAUGUUUGUAAGCUUAAAUUGCCUCAGAGAUACCCUCUAUGCAAAGCAGAAGUUGUUGCAGAAGAUUAUAUCAUCACAGCUGAGUUGCAAGGAGGUAGCACCAGCGCUGAUGCAAGCAAUGUAAGAAUUUUUCGCGACAUCUCUAAUGUGUGCUUUGAUCCAAAGAGUAUUAUUUUUUUCCGCAAAUGCCCUGCUCAAUUAUCAUUGAAGAUUGUGAACAAAACGGAUUCAGAAACGAGUCGUGAAAUUACCGGAGAUGGUUUUGAGAAUUCAAGAAUAUCACCAGAGCUCGAGGAAUCGUCUGCAUACAAAGAGGUAUUGCCUACACUUUCAACUGAAGCCGAAAAGGUUGCUUCUGAAGUUGUUGAAAACAACUUUAUGUCAACAAUAGGUGACGACAAUAUGAAUUGUGGAUCCGAAGAGACACUAGAGCUCCAUCAAUCACAGGCAACCACUGUUCAGAUAUCGAAACGUGAUGCACCAAAAAGUUCAUUAGCCAUGGAAAUUUUCAAAGGAAGUAGUGAGGAGAGAAUGCAAACGAAAACUGAACAACUGAAGCUGCUUGUUAGCGCCUACAAAGAAGAUAAAGUAAAAACUGCAAACAGUGUUUUACCAUUUGAGAAACAAAACUUUGAAGACGUCACUCAGGAAAUUAUAUCACCAUUCACAACAGAGGCGCUAACAGAUCAAGGAUCUGAGACUUCCUUUUUUGAGAAAAUUGAACCUGCAUCUUCAAAUCAACCAGAUAUGCGUAUGAGAACAUCAGAAGCGCCCAAGCUCAAAAAUGAGGACAAUGAAGAUCCACAGCCAUUUAAAGGCGUGGAACCCGGAUUGCAUUAUGAAACCAGCAAAGAAUCUUCGUAUUUUGAAGAUCAAAAGCCACUGCUUGUUGGUAAUGAACAACCAUUGGAAGCAACAGUGCUAAGCAGGUCAAUUCAGGCUACCCAAAGUAUUUCUUCUAACUCCAUUUUAGGGGUGAACUUUGUGAAAAGCGAGACCACAAAAGAAGAGUUGGCUAAUGAUUCAGGUGAAUCAUUGGGAACAAAAGUAGAUCUGAAUGAGGAGUUAGAGCCAACAGUAGCCGUAGAUGAGCAACAAAAAAUGCGAAAAGGGUCUGCUUCGUUGGAUAAACAACCGGAUGAGAUAUGGAGAGAUGUAGUAUCCUCGGCUUCAUCUGAAGAAUAUCAGGCUAUUGACGUCCCACCAACCAAAGGGGAAGGGUCUGAAGCCAUAGGAUUAGAGACAGAAGAAUCAGAUCUAGACAGAGCAUUACCAGUGGAAGAUGGCAAAAUUGAAAAAUUAUUAGAGCAAACAAAGCCUUCAACAGUGCCAGCAGCUUCUGGUGAUGAAUUACUUUCAAUACACGAGAGUCCACUGUCAAAGGUCGUUGCUGAAAUGUCGUCAUACAACAGGCUAGGAAAGGAAAUGCUGCUGACGGGGCUUCUAGAAAAUAAAAGGAAGGUUGCGGAAACAGAUAGGCCCUGCUUAACCGUUAAGGAACCCAGUAAGGCCUCUGAAAUUAGCAAUGCGCCUCUGGUAUCUCUUGAAGCUUUAGAAGUGCAUUUAGAGAAAGCUGAAGAGAUAGGAUCGAAAGAAGAUGUGGGGCUUAGAGAAAUGGAAAAGUCUUCUGUAGAUUUAGAAUUAUCUUCAGAAGAUUUAGUUGAGAAAGGGGUGGCAACGAAAUUUUCUGUGUCGGAUACUUUCCAAAGUUCUACAAGAUCAGUUGUUUUAAAAGAAUCAAAUGAAAAAAGGGAAAGCGAAGAUUCUGCAGUGCUUCAUGCUGCUUCAAACGUUGCCAGGCAAAAAGACGAUGAAAAUAUCAUAAUGGUCAGCAGUGAGGAAACGAGUGCAAGAGAAAAUGUGAAAACAGUUAAGUACGAUAGAGAGUCAAACAUUGAUCAUAUACCGUUGCAAAAAGAAUUUGUCUUUUUGGAAUCCGGCAAUAAUCGGCAGGUUUUAGGUAGCAGUGGGGACCUUAUGACAAGUUCUGAAAUAGUAAUUGCACCAUUAGAGCCUACUAAGUCUGUUAAGUUUGCAACGGAAAGUAUCAUUAAGACAACGGAAGUAAUGAAAUCCUCUUCUGGGAUAAAAGAUGCAGCUGUAACUAGGGAAAAGUCUGUUUCAGCUACGAAGCAACCGGAAGAUACGACUAUGAUGUCAAGUAAUACUGCUGUUAAGGAGACAGUACAAGGAAAAACAGUACAAGAAAUCCCGAUUUUUAUUCCUGAAAGAAAUAUCACUAGAACUAAAGUUGUGACAGAUGAAAAUAAACCUGAAGUGAUAACCGCUGUCUCGGCUGUUAAAGUUAUUGACUACGAGGCUGAUAAUCUACCAGGGCACACUCAGCGCAAGACUGCAUCCCUAAAGGGAGGCCAGAUAUCCAAUGUUUAUACCGACGAGGAAGUCUCCUUUGAAAAAGACCAAAACAAAAGGCGUGAUAGUCAUGUUUCAGAUGAUAAAUUCCCGGGUGAUCACCUGGAAAUUGGAGAACUAAUGACUCCUCCAAGCAUCAAAGAGGAGGAUGGACAUGCCCUAGCUGUUCCUACCGAUUUUGUCAUUAUGACCGCACUUGCAGCCCUGGUUUGCUACAAAUUGAUAAAAAGUUCGUUUGGAAGCAUGACAUCAUCACGUCCAGGCAACGAAAAUCACGAUAGGGAUGAUCACCAACCAUUUGAUAACAAUGAUUUUGCAAGAGUGGAGGACCUACCAAGUAGCAAGUCUGACUGGACAACGCCCGCAACAGCCAUUCCACAGGGCAAAAUGCCAAAGCUAGAAACGAUUUUGGUGACAGCUGAUAUAUUUUUCAAGGGAGAUGGUGAGAUGGCUUAUCAAAUCAAGCGCAGUUGGCAUGGCUAAGGACUAGACUAGACUCCUUCGUCUUAUUCUUUUAGUUGGGUUUCUUCAUUGGUAUCUGAAGAGAAUCAAGAGGAGCCUCGCUCUGAUGUACUAAAGAGUGCUGCGCCCUGUUUUUGGGCUAUCAACUGCAGGGAAGCCUUUGCCUAGACCUCCCUCCAUGCUGUCAUAGAUCACCAAGCUUUGCUUCAAGAAAUCUUCCCUUGCUUCUUGCAAGUUGCUGCUUCUAACACUGAUUUGUAAGUUACAUCUAAAGAUUGACAUUCCAGAUAGGAUGAAUGUCAAGGGAAAAUGGCUUACCUUGCUGCACUGGCAUUUACCGAACCAUUAGAUUCCAGAUCGCAUCACGCCACUGUUGUAAUUCUAAGAAGUUAAUGCUUGUUGUUAGUGGUUGUACAACGAUUGUGUUUGCAUUUGAAAAUUUGAAAACGUAGAAUUUUUUUGAAAAAUAAUAUCAGUGUUGAAGUACCGUAUUGAAGCACCUUAUGUGUGAUAAUUGUCAACAAACAUUUAAUUUUUGAAGCUAGUGCCUCUCUUCAUUUUCUAGUUAGAAGUUUUUUUAUUAGUUUUAGGUGUAUUUAUUUAUAUGAAUCCUGUCACUUUGGCAAAGUUAUCACGAAAUUUACUGGAUUUACUAGCAGGAAAACCCAGACUGUGUCAAAGACAACUAUGGCGACAUGUCUCGAUUAUUGACCGAUCGUCUUUCCAUCUAGCACCUACAAAAGAAGCGAAAAACCCACUAUUGUGUAGACAGAAGAAGUUCGUUGUCACCUUAGGACUUAAUUGGUAAUAUUUUCUGUGAGCAAGCGACACUGCUUUGGCAACCUCAACAAUCAUAUGCUUACGUUUCUGAUUGACAUAUUUCGAUCCACAACUGGAUUGACAUAUUUCGAUCCACAACUGGGCAUAUAUAUAUUUCCUAGCGUAGAUUUUUCGAUCCACGUUCUGACGUUCUUUACGCUGAAGAGUGUCAGAUGGAAAGCAUUUUUCAAAAUGUUGCUUUUUCAAAGCUAUAUUUGACAUUUAAUAUCAGAAACAGUUAGACAAAUAUAUGCAUAGAAUAAUACAGUUAUCCUUCAAUACCUCAAAUUUAUAUUAUGGUUUUCAAUGCAGGGUUCUAAGUGGUCUUACAUAAAGACCAAAUAUAAUUUUUUUUCAUAUUUAUAAAAUGAUUCAUUCAUGUUAUGAAAAAGCCUUUCAAAAUUCCAGCCAUUUAAUCACAAUAGUGAAAACUGGGGUAAUGUAACUGAUUAAGAUAGCUUAUUUUAUAGUUUUAUUAGUACAACUAGAGUGGAUUUUGUCAUAAUUUAACUAGAAUCGUCACACGUUUCUUGCAUCGGGGUUUGGCAUUUUUUAAUAUAAUAUUUAUUGAGUAAUAUACAAGUAAUGAAAUUAGUCUGUUGUAUUGUUAGUUGUAAGUAGCAAUGAUGUUUUGAGUUUUCGUA